AUGUCGACCUCAACUGCCACCGCCUCCACCUCGUUGUCGGAAAAUCCGCGCCCAGGACGACUUCGUCGCCUCAGUCAGCUGCGGACAUACACACAGAAUUUCUCCUCCUCUUCAAACGGUCAUCGUUCCCGAAACAGUCUGAGCAGCCGAGUGCCGUGGCUGUCGCCAUCGUCAUCGAACCCCGAGUCAUCAACACGACCGGUGGGGAACUCCACCGCCGACGCAGUCCCCGAGAGUGACCAACCGGCCUUGUCUCGCUACACGUCUGCACCCACUGCGGGCUCCUCUCACGGCCUCACCAUCGAUACACAAACGUCAUCGGCCGAGUCAACCAGAUCAACACCUUCCAACGAGUCUGUCCCGCGGGCCUCGAAUGUGAUGGCGCGCUUAAGGAGUGCUUCGGCCGUCCAGGGCCGCCCGCCCCGUACCACCACGCUCGCCAGGACGACCGCGCCUGAUCCUCCCACUGCCUCCCCCGAGACCGCUUCCGUGACUACGAACAGCGAUGCGCCUGCAGCCAUGAGUCCCAGCCCCGCGAGUGCGAAUCAAAAAGCGACCAUUCGCUUCUUCCCGUAUCAGGAUAAUUUUCAGAACUCGAGACCCUCUCUCCCCUUUGUGCCCAUCGCACGCACCUUGCCCUCGGACAGUUCGAUCAUCCGUGUUGGUCGAUAUUCGGAGCGGGAUGGCAUCCCCGUGUCCAAUCCCUCUGAACCCUCGGACGCACCCGUCGGGUUCAAGUCGAAAGUAGUCAGCCGGAAACACUGCGAAUUCAUCUACAGCAAUGGGCAGUGGCACAUCAAGGAUGUGGGCAGCUCAUCGGGCACCUUCUUGAACCACAUGCGCCUGAGCCAGCCAAACAUGGUUUCUCGGUUGUAUUCCAUCAAAGAUGGCGAUAUUGUACAAUUGGGGAUCGAUUUCCGCGGUGGAGAGGAAAUGAUCUUCCGCUGUGUUCGCAUUCGGAUCGAAUGCAAUCGAUCCUGGCAGCAGCAGCCCAACGAAUUCAACAAAAACACCGAGACUCUGAUCAAGAACCUCGGAAAAGGUGAAGGGGCUGACUACUCAGGGUGCCGCGAGUGCUCCAUCUGUCUCGGUUCGGUGUUGCGUCCGUACCAAUGUCUUUUCAUGGCAGCUUGUGCCCACGUGUGGCACUACAAGUGCAUUAGUCGCCUGCUGCACUCGCCCGAUUAUCCCAUGUUCCAGUGUCCCAAUUGCCGGGCAUUCACCGACCUCAGCGCCGAGGUCGAUGACACCCCAGAUUCGGUGGAGGAGAACAAGGAGAACGUGGCAGGGGAGCUUGUGUCUACGGGCGAGUCGACAGAGCCUACCCCGGAGACGCAGCCUGUCGCCGCGUCAACGUCUGCAGCGGAGACCGGCUCCGAGAACCAGAGUCGCUCUCCGCUGGACCCUCAUGCCGAAGAACCGGAUAUCGCGACCGACGUGGAAAAUCUCCAUUUGCGAGACGAUGAUGAUCAGCGCUCCAGAUCUGGGAAUGAGGCCGAGGACGAUCGAAACGCCGAAUCCCCAGGUCCCAGCACCAGCAACGACGAGCUGGUGCGCAGUGCCACCGUCAGCGUCACUGGAUUUCAACCGACACAGCCAGUCAAUGUUCCCAUAUCUCACUCACCACAUCUCCGCGCAGACACCCCGGCGGAGAAUUCUGAUGAUAACCCACUGACCCCUCGAAACGACCUGGGCCCUCUUGCAUUCGAUGGUCGGGCCGGGAUGCACCAGUGA